UUUCUUGCACCGUCAUGGGCACAACUGCACAUUGACCAAGAUUACAAAUGGAUUGAAAUGGACGACCACUUGUAAACUUUAUCUAUGUGUAGUUAGAUGCCCACAGUGUUUUACUCCGUUCACAACUAGUAUGCCACGAUUGUUUCUUCUUGUAAACCUUAAAUUCUUGUUCUUGAUUUGAUACAGCAUAAGAGAUCCAUCGUUGUAGCCAGACACAGGAAACUCAUCUUUUUAUUCUUGCACGCUUUGCUGACGUAACAUGCAUUGAGCAAUGUUUCAUCACUGAGAGUAAACACUUGCCUCUGCAAGAGGUAAUCUGUACGUCCGUCUGGCAAAUACACGGAUUUUCAGAAUAUCGGAACGCAGCCAGAGAUGAAACGUAUGUGUCUUGCCAUCCCUCGAUUGCCAAGUUUUCAAUGUUACAGGACACAAUCGGCGAAACGUUACGUCAACACAAUGGCACAGCAUCCACUAAUCGCAGUGUGUCAAAUGCGAUCGACGGCUGACAAGGUAAAAAACUUGCAAGUUGUGAGUGAACUGACAGCUGAGGCGAAACGCAGAUCAGCCGCAAUGGCAUUCUUUCCUGAAGCUUGCGAUUACUUGGCGGAUAACAAAAAGGAUACCGUCGCCAUGGCUGAACCUUUAACCGGCCAGACGGUGACGUCUUACAAAGAGAUCGCUAUCAAAAAUGAUAUCUGGUUAUCCAUGGGCGGAAUUCACGAAGCUUCAGAUAAGACGGAAAAGAUUAACAAUACGCACAUAGUGAUAAGUAACACGGGACAAUUGAUGGCUGCCUACAGAAAGUUGCAUCUGUUCGACAUGGAUAACAAAGAUACUGGAGUGCGUCUGAUGGAAUCAGAUUAUGUACUAAAGGGGACCGAGAUUGUGCCACCUGUGCCUACGCCGAUCGGCAAGCUCGCGCUCAGCAUUUGUUACGACAUGCGGUUCCCCGAGUUGUCCCUGACUUUACGGAACAUGGGAGCGGAGAUUCUCACGUAUCCGUCAGCGUUCACGUACCAGACUGGUGCGGCGCACUGGGAGGUGAUACUGCGAACGCGCGCUAUAGAGAACCAGUGUUACGUCGUGGCCGCGGCUCAAACGGGCGCGCACAACAAGAAGAGAGUGAGCUGGGGACACGCUAUGGUUGUGGACCCUUGGGGCACCGUUGUGGCACAAUGCGCGGAGAAGACGGGUGUAGCUGUGACGGAGAUCGAUUUAGCGAUAUUAGAAAAUGUUCGGAAAAACAUGCCAUGUGAGGAACAUCGCCGCACCGAUUUGUACCCCAAAAUGCAUGUUAAGCCUAAAAAACUAAAUUCCUAGACGUUUGUAACUUUUUCUUUUCAACAUGACACUUCUAGCUCUCAAAAGCAUUCCCUCCUGCAAAGGAGUUGCUGGUCUUUCAAUUGUACAGUCGUGACAAAUUCACGGAGUGCAGAGUGUUAAGAAACAACGAGAUUUAAUACGUAAAUCCUAUUUUAUUGCAAUUUAUUGUUACAAUCACGCGCCAUUUCAAGUAUAAAUUUAUUCAAGUGUAGAAACAUAAAUGUACAUAAGAAUCUAAUGCGUCGGAAAUAAAGAUGGAAUUUUAUUCUC